AUGACCCAUAUGCUAUAUGUGCACUGUUUCGCCACUCUCUGCGCCAGUAACCCAUCAGUAUCAUCAGCAGCUGAAGAAUCCGAAUUGGUUGCGUUUUACGAGGAGCUGGAGGACGUAAUCCGCAAUGAGAAGUCUUUCUACAAAUUCGUUGUCGGAGACUUCAACGCAAAACUAGGAAAGGCCACAGAAGAGGAAUACAGGAUUGGAAGAUUUGGACUAGGGGACCGGAAUGAAAAUGGCAAUCGUCUCGCCGGGCCAUUGUCCGCCGCUCGCCUCUUUCAUGGGAACUCUCUUUUCAUGAAAAAAGAUCAUCGUCUGUGGACAUGGGAAUCGCCCAAUGGCACGACUCAUGCAGAGAUCGACCACAUACUCACCGGCCGGAGGUGCUGUCUACUUAACGUCUCAGUAGUACCAUCCUUUUGUAGUGGUUCUGAUCACCGUCUUCUUCGUGCAAAAAUACGACUUAGCCACAAGAUGGAAAAGAACAUCUGCUAUCGGCAACGAAGGAGAAAAGAAGUCGUCUACGACGAUUGCAUACUCGAGGACUCCUUGUCCCAAGGUGACUGGCACAUCGAGGAGGACUCAAACUACGAGAUGCUGCUCAGAGGAUUACGAACCUUUGCUGAGCGUGCCUCGAAACCGCGCACGACAAACUUGCAUCGAAUUUCGAAGACCACCAAAGAAUUGUUAGAAAGAAGAAGGGCUUUGAGGCUUGAUCCGAAUGCAUCGCACAUUGAGCGGUUAGUAGCAAACACUAGCCCCAGAAAAGCGUUGCAGGAGGAUCUUUUGAAAUACAGGCAGAAGAAGAUUCUGGAAGCAGCACAAAGAAGAACGAGUCUAAAGAAGUGA